AUGACUAAACCCACAUCCGAGCCUUCGCCUUCGCGCGAUGCCCGGCCAAGCUCUCCGCUGACGUCCAGUGGAGAGGGGUCGGGGCCCGCCGAGAAAGCAGCGCCAGCCAAGACAGGCAAGAAGCUGCCUGGAUGGCUCGAUCAUUUCAAUGCGCGCGAUCUCAAAGUACUGUUUCGGUGCUCGCUGGCAGCAUGGGUCGCGUCGCUGUUGAUCUUUAUCACGCCGUCUCUAAGCACCAUUGGAACCGCGACGUUUUUCGCAACUUUGGUGCUGUUUAUGGUGCCCCCGACCGGAAUUGUCUUCAUCUUCCUUUUGGGAGCUCUCACCCUCGUUCUGGGUAUGGCUUUGGGCUGGGCCUGGGGCGUCAUCGCUAUGAAGGCUGCCAUUGCCGCAAGGCCGGCGGCUGAGACCCAGGCUAGGCUUCAGGCACUUGGCCAACUCGCUUAUAGCCAGGCUAAUGCCACCGGGCAGAGUGUGGCUGCUGUCCAGCAGGUGCUUGUUUACUCUGGCUUUUUGCUUGAUGCUCGCGUUACCGCCGUUUAUUAUUGUUUAAUCUGUCUAUUUAUCUAUUUAUUGGCUCGUCUUCGGGCAAAGAACCCUAAAUUCAUCCUGCUGCAGAUGUUUGGAACUAUUAUUGUCGAUGUUACUUUGACUAUUGGCCCACUGCUUCCAUCUUUCAAUGGAACGAUUCCAAAGGUCUUAGUCGAGCCAGCUGCCAUUGGAAUUGGACUGGGACUCGUCUCUCAUUUCAUCUUUUUCCCUCAGUCUACCUCUCACACCGUGCUUUACGGCAUGGAAGGGUUGGUGCGACUCCUCAAAGGCCCACUGAAUGCCACAGAAACCAGCCUUUUGAAGGGAGAAGACUUGGUGCUUAAGGAUUUGCUCAAGAUCAAAACGAAAACAAUCGCAGCUUACAAGGCCAUUGAACCAGCAAUCGGAUUUUUGCCUUUGGAUUUCUCUGUCGGCUGGUGGGGCGCCGACGAUGUCAAGAGCUUGAAGCAACCGCUACGCCAGGCGUUGAUGACUAACCUGUCAUUGCUGGAGGUCCACAUUGCACGCCUGGGAGGAGAAGCGAAACUGGAGAAAUUACGCCAACUGACCGCGAGUCGGGAAUCGGACACCGAAUCACAAUCCAAUGGCGACGAAAAGAAACGCCCGCGCGAGGUUGGUAUGCGCCAGCUGAUGCAGAGUGUCAACCUGGUUCAAGCGCUGCGAAGCCCAGAACAUGAAUCACUUCGAUCAGAAACCAUCGAAGCAUUGAAGGAGUCCAGCAAAGAUAUCCUUCCAGCUUGCCAGGAAGCCACUGAGAUCAUUGCCGAAUGUAUCCACAAAGUCAACAUGACUCGUUGGUUCGGCCGUUCGUCCAAAGAACACCUCGCCGAGUUGCACGAUCGCAGUCAGUCGGCACUGACGAAUAUCCAAGCUCUCCGUGCAUCAUUUGCAAAUGAAACCACCGAACGACUGAUCGAAACGCAUUCCCAAAUCUUCAACGAGAAAGGCGAGCUCGCCAAACUCGACGAGUUUUCAGUGCAUAGAGUGAGAGGUAUUGUCAUUGGAAUGAUUUACGAGGAGCAGCUCCUCGGAGUCGCCGAUAGUUGGGAGCGAGUCCUGGGACAAUUGACCGCUCUCCUGCGAGAACGUCAAAAGGUCCGCCUGUGGCUACCCAGGGGUUUGCGGUACGCCGUCAACUGGGUCCUUCGAAAAGAUGCGGUGGCACCUGUCAUUGUGGUCCAGAACCCGACUACCGACCCUGACGUUGCAGAGGCGCAGUCUAAAGCGGCACAGCAGCAUCUUCGCAUCAGCAGAGGCUAUCGUGUCAAACGACGCAGUGGCCUGGGCCGCGCCAUCAUUGGUACUUACCACUGGUUCAUCAGCUCGGAAGGUAUGUUUGCUAUGCGCAUGGUGGUUGUCACUAUCGCACUCUCCAUCCCUGCGGCCCUGCCGAACACCGCGGGCUUCUAUUACCGCGAAAAAGGACUGUGGGCCCUCAUCAUGGGGCAAACCACGUUGGUCAUCUAUAUGGCCGACUUCACGUUCUCCCUUAUUUGUCGAGCUAUCGGUACCAUCAUUGGCGGUGCCUUGGGCUUGGUUGCAUGGUAUAUUGGCUCAGGUCACGGCGAAGGUAAUCCAUACGGUCUCGCUGCUAUCAUGGCAGUUGUGAUCAUCAUCCUGAUGUGGGGGCGUAUCUUCGCUCCCCCUGCCAUGCUGCAAGCAAUGAUGAUGGCCGGUGCAACCUGUAUCCUGGUCGUCGGCUACAGCUACGAAGACACACACAUCCCCUCUUACGGCAAUCCUGGAUUCGGAUAUAGUGUCUUCUGGCGCCGACUCGUCCUUGUCCUCAUCGGAUCCGCAGGCGCAUUGAUUGUCCAACUAUUCCCGCGCCCACCAUCGGCCUCACGCCACAUCUGCAAAUCCCUUUCAAACGUCAUUCGCGAAUUAUCAGACCACUACGCCCUUCUCUUGACCUGCUGGGGCCAGGGACGAGACGAAGGCCUGGCAGCAGAGCAGCUAGCACUCGACCUCGCCAACAACCUCACCUCACUGGAAGGACCCAUCGCACUACUACGCUUUGAGUUCUCCGGUUCACCCUUCGACAGCGAGCGUCUAGGCCAAGUGAAAUCCCUAUGCCAAGAACUGAACCAAAACCUCGGCCGUCUGCUUCACCUUUCGGCUUCACUACCAGAACACCUCCAAAGCCGUCUGGCCCGUCAAGCAGGCCUCCUCGAUCACCGCAAUAUCGGCGAUGUCAUGGCCGUUCUGGGUGUCGUUGAGCAAUCACUCAAGACUGGUGAUCCUCUGCCCGAAGUCCUGCCUACGCCGCUGCUUAAGCGUUGUCAUGAUUUCUGGGAUAUGCGCCAUGUUGAAAUCUCGCUGAGUAAGGAGCUCAUUCGUGAUGAGAAUUAUCGCCGGUUCUGCGUGGCUGUUAGUGCUUACCUUAAGUUCCUGGCGGCGGUUGAUGAUCUGGUGCUUGUUAUGAAGGGUACUCUUGGUGAGUCUCAUAUUGUGGACCGAGACUUAGUGCAUGGCUUGGAGGAAAAUGUAUAG